ACCACCCACUUGAACCGGAACUAUUUCACUGGGUACUGUCGCCUCUGUAAGCUUGUAAGCCGAGCCCUAUAUUGACAGCUGACGCUGUUACAAUGUUACUUGGGCUAUUUUAACACAGCAUUUCUCAUGUUUUUCGACGGAUAAAAAAUGUUUCUGGUGCCGUCUUUGAUAUUGCUGUGGUAGGAUUCUGACAGCGACGGUGGCUGUUGCGUUAAUCGACGCGAGCUGCGUCGGUCGGGGGGAAUAUUUGGUUGAUUGGGGUGGGGUGGCCAGUAGCCCCAGCGAUUUAUUUGAUAUGUGUCGGUAAAUGGAUUAUAUCACAGCUGUUGCAAAUUAGGACCCGAGAAGGGUGCAUACACUCUGUAAGGUAUCUUUGCGUUUCCUAUUUUAGUGCUUGUAAACGUCGUGUUACGCCUCAGCCUGUCCUCGUGCCAGCUGUAUCGAAAGGCCAGGAGAAAGCUGGAUAUUACACUGCGUAGCGCUACCAUCAUCAUUAGCCUCUGCAAGGAAACCUAAUCAUGGGGAAUACGACCUCUUGCUGCGUAUCGUCCAGCCCGAAGCUUAGGAGAAAUGCGCACUCGAGGCUGGAGCCGUACCACCCGGAGCCGGAGCUUCCUCGGGACGACACUGGGGGCAAUCUUCAACACAUCAGCGAUAGGGAGAACAUUGACGAUCCAAACAUGGAGUACAACCCCUCAGACCAUCCGCGGGCCAGCACCAUCUUCCUCAGCAAGUCUCAGACAGAUGUUGCUGCCCCGAAUAAGAAAGUGCGGGAAAAGCGGAAAAGCCUAUACAUUAACCAUUUAACACACAUCUCGGAGUCCAAGCAUACGGCUGCACCCCUGAGACGCAAGUACAGCUCCUGUUCAACCAUUUUCUUGGACGACAGCACUGUCAGUCAGCCCAACCUCAAGUACACCAUCAAAUGUGUAUCACUUGCUAUAUACUACCAUAUAAAGAACAGAGAGGUAGAUAGUAGGAUGGUAAUAGAUAUUUUUGAUGAAAAACUCCAUCCUCUUUCAAAAACAGAGGUGCCAUCAGACUAUGAAAAGCACGACCCAGAACAGAAGCAGAUCUAUCGCUUCGUGCGGACACUGUUCAGUGCUGCCCAGCUCACCGCGGAGUGUGCCAUUGUCACUUUGGUCUACCUUGAGAGGCUGCUGACGUAUGCAGAGAUUGACAUCGGCCCUGCGAACUGGAAGAGGAUUGUUUUGGGUGCCAUACUUCUGGCCUCCAAGGUAUGGGAUGACCAGGCAGUGUGGAACGUGGACUAUUGCCAGAUUCUGAAGGACAUCACCGUCGAAGACAUGAAUGAGCUGGAGAGGCAGUUUCUGGAGCUGCUCCAGUUCAACAUCAAUGUGCCCUCAAGCGUCUACGCCAAGUACUACUUUGACCUGCGCUCCCUGUCCGAGGCCAACAACCUGAGCUUCCCUCUGGAGCCGCUGAGCAGAGACAAGGCACAGAAACUCGAGGCCAUCGCUAGAUUGUGUGACGACAAAUACAAGGACUUGAGAAAAGGCGCCAAGAAGCGAUCAGUCAGUGCCGACAACCUCGCGGUGGUCAGAUGGUGCCCUGCCAUCCUCUCCUAACAGCCAGAGACCUUGGGACAGAGAGCCAGAACACGUGAGGGGGGGACGGGGCUACAAGAGGCAUCUGAAUCCUCACAGGCGCAGGCAGGUCUCUUGUUUAAAGGGACGCCUCUCCUGCUUCGAUCCUCCACUCAUGUCCAGAGCCUGUGCUGCUCUCACUGGGUGGGGUCGCCUCUCCUCCCCCUCCCCCUCCCCCUCCACCUCCCCCUCCAAGGUUUUUCCUACCAUAAGUAUUCCAGUUUGUGUCUCACUGUACAUAAGAGAUGGGCCUUCACUUCCCUCCUCCCAAUCCAUCUGCCUCUCUUUCUCUUCCUCCUCUAUAUCCUCCUCCUCCUCCUCCUCCGCCAGGACAGCAUAAAGUUUGGUUUUGAAGAAGGCAUCCCAAGGUGGACAGGACAGCACCACUAGUCAGUUACCACGAAGGACAAGGGCAAGGACAUGUUUUAAGAGGACUCCUAAAGACCAACAAUGGCCCCGUAACCCACCAAGUAAUCAGAGCAGCCACCUGCUAUUAGGGGCACCAUUCCAACAGUGCAGUCAAUCAUCCAUUGCUUUCUGCUGCUGCCUUGAUUGGUAUUUAAUAGCUAACUAUAAUUAGUACAUUCCUUUGAGUCCAGUGGCUUUUGAGCUUCUGAGUAACAUCGGCUCAAGCAUGAGAUGUGCAUCAAAGAGAGGCCUCAUGUUUGAAGCCUUAAACUGUGGACAAAUAGUGGUCUGUGCUCUUUCCCAUCAUUUAGAAGACCCCUCUCCUUAUUUUAUUUUUCUAUGUUUAAUCUAAAUCCUAUUUUUGGUCAGAUGUCAAGUCAAGUUGAAAAUGUUUCCUCAAGCUUCAAGUAUGCCACCUAAACCCAACUAAAGUCAGCUGGGAGGAGCAGGAGCAGGAGCCCGGGAGCACUCAUCUAUACACACAUCCACCUUCUGAAGAGGGACCUGGUCUUUGGUCUUUGAAGAGGGACCUGGUCUUUGGUCUUUGAAGAGGGACCUGGUCUUUGGUCUUUGAAGAGGGGGCCUAGUCUAGACCUAGCCUGGUCUUUGAAGAGGGGACCUAGUCUUUGGUCUUUGAAUGGCAAUACAGUAUGUGAAGCACACAGACACUGACUGGAAUCAUUCCUCUCCUUCAUCUAGAUUUCAGUUGCGUAUGCUGUUAGUCUGGGAGGCUUUUAAGGUGCUUUAUACGGCCUCCUGCGAGGGUAACUGCUGUAGACCCCCUCCCUACGCCUGCGCUCUCUCUCUCUGAUCAGCAGGCAUCGGGGGAGCCAGGGGACCACCAUGUUGUUAUUGGGAACCAUUUUCAGAAAGGGUUGUCUUUGAAGAGAAAAGCGGAGUGAGGGAGUAUUGGGGGGGGGUGAAAGGUGAAAGGUCAUUGGAAAAAUGUCACAUUAUCAUUGGCAAACACAUGGUUCUAGAUACUGCCAAGUGGGAAGAAGACCUACACACAGUAUCUCUGGAUUUAUUUUGAUUUUGACAUUUUCAGAUAUUUAGAUAUUCUUUUCCAUUGCAAUGACUGAAGAAACCAAGGCCAUCAAGAAAUGACCUAAACAUGGUGUAUUAGAUUCCACAAAGAUGUUUGUUAAAGAUUAUUGAGCAGUAGCCAGCAGCAGAGGACUGGAGUCUUCCUUACUGGUGAAGAUAUGUCUUGUGCUGCUGGCCAACUGUUUGGGCUCGGGCAGGGAGAAGCCAAUGGGAGAGAGAGAGAGAGGCUGAACAGAGCGGUCGCGCAGCGUUAGUCUGCAAUAUCAUUUCCUUCAACUCAAAAGGCCAGAGUUAACUGAAUUUCCUGUUUUUCAAAAUGCAAAAAUGUUAUGAAAUUAUUUCAAAGUUAGUCGGUGAGUUGUGAUUGCACACAAGAUCUUAAAAAAAAUUUAAAAAAUCAUGUUACCAUCCUUCAUUCCAAAUGAACAGGAGCAUGUACAGUAAGCAUAGAGCCGGUCCAUGCAUAGCAAUGCAUGUGUACUUAGAAUAUUUAUUUUCUAAAACAUGGAGGUAUAAAAUUUCUUUUGUGAAGAUUCAUGUUGGUAGCUGUUAUUUUUAUUCAAUUUCUAACAUAAACACCUAAUCACAAAAGCAUUACAGAUUAAUAAAUGUUACAUUAAGAUUAGUUUGUACAAUGUAUAUAUAAGACCCUGUGUGUUCAGAUCGUGAUUAAGAAGAAUAAAAAUGAUGUAUAUGUAACAGAUCAGUAUUGAUGUAAGAACAGGAGUAAUCUUUCAGAGUUUAAUAGAACAAUGCCAAGACUUAGGGAGCCACUGAUUUGGCAUUAUCCUAUCCAAUACAAUACAGAAAGAGCGGCAUAUUCUUCUUAUUUCAAAAGCUUUUGGUAAAUUGAGUUGACACUGUGCAUCAUGUCUGAAAUUGGAAUCAUAUAAAAAUUGGAAUCGUUUUCAUUGUUUCUUGCUUUCGUUUGUGAAAGCUUUAUUUUAGCAAUGAUUAAAUCCGUUUGAACCGUUUCUGCCUAUCCAUUAUCAAGUAUCAGAUUUUCCCCAAAUAGUAUCAGCUGUACAUUGUCCACUCUUAAUUUUCUUGUUUACAUAGUUACAAACUGUAUUGUGACGGUAAUCCCAUAUUUCACGUUCAUCAGUUUUCAAUCAAUUCUUUAGUGAUUCAAAAAGGGAUGGAUCUUUACCAAAGUAUAAAAACAAUGAAGGACGCUCCAAUGAGGAGCACUAGUGCUUUAGAGGCCCGCUGCACUUUUGGGUUGGAAUAGACAGAGACAGAGACAGAGACAGAGAGAGACAGACAGAGAGA